AUGGCAUCUUUUUUCUCAAUUUGCCUAGUCUCCCUUAACCUCUUGUUUCUCCUUUGCUUUAUUCCAUCUAUUUGCUAUGGAGCUACCUUUGAUCCCUUCACUGAAAAAACAAAAAUCACCUAUCAUGAUGGCCCAAUCCUCAUUGGAACCGUAAAUUUACACCUUAUCUGGUAUGGAAAGCCUAAAGAAAUUCAAAGGGAAGUGAUUAUGGACUUCCUCAAAACAUUGAACACAGAAGGCGAUAAGAAAGUCCAACCUCACGUUUCGAGAUGGUGGAAUGUGGUUGAAAGCUAUCAAUUGGAUAUGAAAGGAAAACCAACUAUAGGAGUUGAGAGCCCUAAAAUUGAAGUGAAAGUGGCAAAAGAGGACACCAUUGAUUAUGCAUAUGGGAAAGUCUUGACAACACAAUAUGAUAUUCCACGUCUUAUUAAAGAUGUCAAUCAUGGAGAUCCGAACCUCGUCCCUCUCAUCAUAACUGCAAAAGAUGUGAGUAUGCAUGGGCUUUGCGCUGGACAAUGUGCUGACUACGGGAUUUUUGAGAACAACAGGGGAUUCAUCGUGAUUAGAGACCCUGAAAUAGAAUGCCCUGGAGCACGUGGAUGGCCUUUCCACGAGGUUUAUGCAGGGCCAAAGGGACCCGUCUUUAAACCACCAAAUAAAAAUAUAGCAGCUGACGCAAUGCUUGUAAAGGCAUUUUCGGUCCCAGAGCCGCCCCUGGAAACCCUGGCAAGGCACACCAUGACAAACACUCAUGGGAAAAAGACUCUCGUCCCCGCCUCGAAGAAGUGCAAAGGCGCAGCAUCCUCCUCGGGUCCUACUAACGAGAUAGGCACCCAUUCCUCCAAUUUCCACCAGGACCCCAAAAGGAACUAUUCUAGAUACUACAAGCCUGAUCCCUAG